UGUGUUCUGGUUCCUUCACUUGUUGAAGUGCAGUAUAAGGGCUUCAGUUGCACUGCUGAAAUUCAGUUCAGGUCCCACAAUGACUAUGCUGUAUUGGACAUUCCUGCUCCUCUCAGUCAGUACGGCGUCACUGGCAGAAGAGAGAUCUGUGAGAAGUAAGAGAAAUGUAUUAGACCUUGGUGGUAUCAUCAAAUGCACCACGGGCAGGGCGGCCUCAUCCUAUAUAGGUUAUGGAUGCCAUUGUGGGCUUGGAGGUAAAGGCUGGACCAAAGACAGAACAGACUGGUGUUGCCGCAAGCAUGACUGCUGCUACGAUAAUGUGAAAGCUGCAGGCUGCAGGACUCUGACUAACAAAUAUCGUUGGACUUGUGAAAACGGCCAGGUUAACUGUGGUUACAUCGCAGACAGGUGUGAGAAAAUCCUCUGCCAGUGUGACAAAGAAUUUGGCCAGUGUAUUAGAUAUGCCCCUUACAACAAGGAAUAUGCCGGGUGGCCGAAUUGGCGAUGUGGCUCUAACAAGCCUAGCUGCUAAGCUAUCUGUUGGCUGUAUGUUUCAUUGAUUUUUAUUGAUUUAUGAUUAUUUUCAGUCAUUAACAUAGUUGUCUAUUACUUUUAAGACAAUUGUCAUUUACUGUAUAUACAAAUGAGUGACAAAUCAAAGAAUAAAUGGUGGCUCCGUUAUACUGUUUGUCGUACCUGUUCCUGGUAUAUUUUACAGUAACUUGUUUACAUCAGUAUAAAAUUCUAUCUGACCCUGUGUC